AUGUAUUCGGGGCGGACGAGUCGAGAGAUAGACAGCGGCAUGGUUGAGACGGCAGCGUAUGCAGAAACGGAAGCAGACGAUGAGAUUGUGAUCAAGGUGGGCAUGCUCGGCGACGCCCAGAUCGGCAAGACGACACUAAUGGUGCGGUAUGUGUUUGGCCAGUUCGACCAGACAAUCGUGCAGACCUUGGGCGUCAACUACCUGGAGAAGACGAUACACUUGCGGAACACACGCGUGCGCUUCAGCAUCUGGGAUCUGGGUGGUGAGCGCGAGUUCCUGAACAUGCUUCCUCUUGUCUGCUCGGACUCGUCUGCGAUCCUGUUUCUGUUUGACCUGACGCGGCGCGACACGCUAAACUCGAUUCCCCAGUGGUUCCGGCAGGCCCGCGCAUUCAAUGGCUCGGCUGUCCCCAUCCUGGUAGGCACCAAGUACGACAAAUUUGUUGAUGAUCUGUGGGUGAGCAAGGAGGAGCGGUAUGUGGUUACCGAGCAGGCGCGGGCUGUGGCGCGAGCGAUGCGGGCGCCGGUUAUCUUUUGCUCGUCGAUGCAUUCGAUCAAUGUGAAGAGUAUUUUCAAGAUCGUGCUCAGCAAGACGUUCGACUUGAGACCGAACUUUGAGGAGAUCAAGGAGAUUGGCGCGCCUAUCCUCGAGUUCAAUCCAAGGGCUGGCAUCUAA